AUGUUACCUACACCAUACGUCAAAUGUGAUUAUGACAAAGUGUACGAACCAGCUGAGGAUUCAUUUCUUCUAUUAGAUUCAUUAGAGAACGAACAGAUUUACUUGGCAAAUCGAUUUCAAAAUAAAUUAGCUGUAGUCUGUGAAUUAGGGCCAGGUUCAGGAAUCGUUAGUACAUUUAUGAUGCAAAAUAAAAUGCCUUCACAAAAUUCUAUAUAUUUAGCUCUCGACAUUAAUCCAUGGGCUUUAGAUGCAACACAGGAUACUGCUAAACGUAAUGAUUGUAAUAAGGUUUAUUUGGAAACGAUACAGUCUGACCUCACCAGUUCGACAAGACAUAAUCAAGUAGAUUUAUUGCUAUUCAACCCCCCUUAUGUCCCUGCAGAGACUAUACCCGAAAUUCCAGAAACUAGAGAUGACAUUGAUACAUGGCUUGACCUUGCACUUGUAGGUGGUAAAGAUGGCAUGAAAAUAACACAGCUUGUCCUAGAUCAAUUAGAUACUACAUUGUCGUCGGAAGGUGUUGCUUAUAUCCUAUUUUGUGCAAGAAAUAGACCUGAAGAGGUUGUAAAGUCCAUGGCUUCCCAUUGGGAUAUCACACUCGUAGAACAUAGGAAGGCAGGUUGGGAAGUUCUUAGCGUAUACCGCUUCAUAAGGAAGACGCCUCAUUGA